CACAACCCAACAGCACACAUAUCCCACUCCCCAAUACUGAGCUUCUACCGCGCACAACCUGAGCCUCGACGACCCGUAUCGCAAUCAUGUCGCGCCCCGAAGACAUAUUACCGCCCGACCUACACUACAAUGACGUCGAAUCACGCAAAUAUACCACCUCCUCGCGAAUCCAGCGAAUUCAAGCCGACAUGACGCACCGCGCCCUCGACCUAAUCGGCCUUACACAACCCUCCCUCAUUCUUGAUGUAGGCUGCGGCUCCUGCCUAUCCGGCGAAAUCCUGUCGCAAACGGCCGAAGAAGGCACACCCGCAGGCCCACAUGUAUGGGUCGGCUUCGACAUCAGCGCGUCUAUGCUGGGCGUUGCACUCGAGAAGGAGGUUGAGGGGGAUCUGCUGCUGGCUGAUGCAGGACAGGGUGUGCCGUUCCGCCCAGGAACAUUUGAUGCUGCGAUCAGCAUUAGUGCGAUUCAGUGGCUGUGUCAGGCGGAGACGAGUGAAGAGAGUCCGGCAGGGAGGCUGAGCAGGUUUUUCAAUCAGCUUUAUGCGAGUUUGAGGAGAGGUGGACGGGCAUGUCUGCAGUUCUACCCCAAGAACGACGACCAGAAGAAGAUGGUAUCGCAGGCGGCGAUCAAGGCUGGAUUUGGCGCUGGUCUGCUUGAGGAUGAUCCCGGGACAAAGAGCGCGAAGACAUACCUGGUGCUCACAGUCGGUGGAGGUGAGCUGGACGGCGACAUCACAGGUGUGGUGCGCGGCAUGGAGGGCGUGGAUGUCAUGGAGACACGACGGAAGGCUGGCACCAUGAAGAGAGGCGUGGACAAGAAGGGUAGCAAGGGCUGGAUUCUGAAAAAGAAGGAGCAACAGAAGGCGCAAGGCAAGGUUGUCAAGGCAUCGUCCAAGUACACCGGCAGGAAGAGGAGGAUCCAGUUUUAG